UUACAGACGUCAAAGGGUGUCAGCUUCACCACCCCAGGGUAAAGUCAUCAGGUAAAGGUAAGCUGACAGCCAUGGGAAUCAACCUUUCAGUUAUCUCCUGCCACAGUCACAUCCGACUCAGGAUACCAAUCCGUUAAAAAACACUAAAACAUACUUUUGGUCUACAGUCUCCAAUUACAACAUUUAAGUAUGAUGAUGAAAACUCAUAUGAACUUGGCACAGUUGUUUCCAUUCUUCUCUGGUCGUGUGAACCUGCCAGGACAGGAAGUGUAAGAGUGUGUGUAAGUAAGUGGGCUUCUGUUUGUGCGUGUGUGUACCUGCUAUCACGCAAGUUCUGGCGCCAUCCAAGGGUAACAUCCUCCAGCACAGAAAGCUUCUAAGGUGGAGAAGGAUGAGAAGGUGGAGGAGUAGGUGUAGUAGAUUUAGGAGCUUAUUUGGAACAUGGAAAUACUUCAGAGAAGAAGAGAAGAAAGAAAAGAAGAAACUGUGACUAUAUCUGACCAAAUACACUCUGCGGAGAAAACCCCUUGAUGAACUGACCACUGCAGGGACCCCCGUCUUUUUAGCGGACGUAUCGAUUAUCGACGAGCAUGCCUUUCUCCCUCUCUCAGCAAUGCCUUGGUCUGAUUGUACUAGGAACGAUCUUUCUGCACACAAUCGCAGUCGCCAUCAGUUUUAUGUACUUCAACAACGUCCUGGAGACGAUGCAGCAGAGCUUUUCGCGGAGUAGUGUCUCGUGUCUGUUGAACCCCCACGUGCACCCCGGGCGUGUGAACACAGCAGGGGGGGAGCAGAAGGCCGACCCCUGUUGGCAGGUCAUGCAACAACUCCACUACCGCAUAGAGAAGACCAUGGCCGAGCGGCUGCAGCGGCAAGUGUCAGCCCCAGUGAUAAACCAGGUAUCUGGGGUGUUUCCCGUCCAGGGGUUCUGCAGUGACCUUAGUCUUGGGGUGUCUGCUCACGUGACAGGAGGCCUCCGACAGAAACAGCCGCCAAAAGAGGGAUCUCCCAGCAGCAGGGGGUUUCUGGGAGAGCGUAUCCGUGAGUGGGACGGGCAGAGGGGGCUGUCCUUCCUCCAGGACGUGGAGCUGAAGGGGGGAGAGCUGCUGGUUCCUCGUGCCGGCCUCUACUUCAUCUACGCCCAGACGUACUUCAGCCUCCCGCCCACGGGGGAGACGGAGGGGGAGGCGAGGGAAGAGGGGACGCAGCUCGUCCAGUACAUUUACAAGAAGAUGAACUCGUACUCGGUUCCCAUCCUUCUGAUGAAGUCGUCCAGAAGUGCCUGCUGGUUCCAGCGUCAGGAGUCGGGCCUGUUCUCCCUCCACCAGGCCGGCACUGCCCGCCUGCAGCCCGCGGACCGCCUGUUCGUCAGCGUGAGCAACGCCAGCGCCGUGGAGACAGACGCGAGGGCCAGCUACUUUGGGGCCUUCCUGGUGGGCUAGAGGGGCCCUAACAGGGAGAGGUGCCCAGGGAGGCUGCCUGAGUGUAGGUGUGGAGUGUAGCGGGCGGUAUGGAGGGCUGGAAAACAGACGAGGCAAGGAUUGUUCAGUCUCCCAAAGCCCUUGUAAAUAAACUGUCUGCAGAGACCACGUGUCUCUAGGGAGCACAUGUCUUAUUCUCUGUCAUGUGUACAGGAGUGGGGCUGGGGACUUCGGCGUCACACACAUGGUGCCAGUGAUGCGGGUGUUUGAUGGGGGUGGAAGAGGGAUCAGGAGAUUCAUGGAUGUGUGGUUAUGGUUUGUUUGUUUGGGAUGAGGUAUUCAGGCAGUGGAUGUGUGUAAAUGUGUUUUUGCUGUAUGACAACGGAACACAUCCAGGAAUUAGCUUCUUGUGUGGUCUAUGGAGUGUCUGAUGCUACUCUCAUUAUUAUCUCAUCUGGAAAUUCUAUGUUUGUUGGCUACUACAGUUAAGUCCUUAUACUGGAGGUGUGUGUGUUUCCCAAAUAAUGUGAAUAUAGUUUUGUUCUUU